AUGACUCUCUAUCUCAAUUCUGUCAAGCUAAAUCUUAGCAGGCAAGAUCAGCUAGAGGCACAUCAAGCCCAGCUUUUCUGGAUUGCAUAUCUUCAGGAGAGUCAACUGCUUGCAGAAUUUGAUUUUCCACCCAGCGGUCUCGGAAAACUUGCAGGUUCUGUCGCUUUGCCGUUGGUUCCUGAUGCAGGAACAGAUCCCCACCACGCCAAGUACCAGUUCUUCUUUCUUGCCCUUAUUUCAAUGAGAAAGCUUCUAAAUCGAGUACUUUAUCAUGUUUACAAGCAAGGUAUCAUUCAUAAGCGAUACGAUGAAGCUCCUCGUCCCGCCAGCUCUCCUAAUGAGGAACGAUUUAACGCAGUUUUCUCUGCUAAUGAACGAAUAAUUGAAGAGUUAGAUAGACAGCUAGAGGAGUGGAGAAACUGCCUUCCUGCUGGUCUUAACUUUUCUUCAUAUUCACCUUCCCAAGAGCCCCCUCCGCUAACGGAGCCUCACGAGCCGAGAUCAAUUGACGACAGACUCCGUGGCCACCUCUUGGCCCGGUAUUAUGUUGCCAAAUCUAUCCUACAUCGCCCUUUUCUUUAUAGGGUACUCCAUUUUGAGCACAACGCUAGCUUGAUUACAGAUAACGACCGUCUUGUGGGUUAUUCCACGAGCCACUACCAUUACUUCUACAUCCAAUCAACUCUUGGAGGAGGUAAGAUGUCCUGGGUUCUGAUCAACAGUGGGCAUAAUUCGCUGACUUGUGAGACAGCAUGUUUGCACUUGAGCUACAAGUCGCCUUCUGCAGGCAUCAAGACCCUCAUCAUUUUGCGUUGCCGAAGAAUUAUGAGAGUAUUCGCCAAAUUCGUCAACAAUUGUCAUCUAGUUCAGCUCAUUCUUGUCCUACUUUGA